UGCUCCUUGGAUCCUUGGUCUAGACCUUGGGAGAACCUGGGCACAUACUCUCACAGGGGCUAUUGGGCUCCAGGUGGCACCAAUGACCUGGAUGGCCAUUUGACUCAGAGUCACGGGCUGUGACACUUCCUUUGUAAAUUUGGCCCUGGCUCCCUUCCACUCUUCCCUCCCAUCCAUCUGUGCACUGGCCGCCAGCUCUUUAGAAGGAAAUUUGCAUCAUGCAGAAGCUAGAGGGCUCUUAGGGACUUGCUCCGUUGAGCCAUGGUUUGUCCGGCUGUCCCCCAGCUGCUCGUGGUUAUGAUUUUUCCCCUGCUGGGGUCACUGGUUGCCCCCACAUCCCAGCCUGAACAGGGUCAGGCUGGAGAGGACUCUGGACAGCAACUGGACCAAGGGUCUGGAGAAUGGGAAUCAGUCUCGGUCUCUGUCUAUGUACGUCUGGAAUUUUCAGGCAGGACCUUGCCACCAGCCCUCUCCGAGGUCCUGUCUCUCCCCCAUGCUUCAGCAUCCUCUUCCCACGGAACUCUCACUGGCCUCAGCUUCACUACAGGGUGCAAUGACAAUGGCACGGAUUACAUCCACUGUGUUUGUCUCUCCGGCUACCAGUGGAAUGCCAGGCUCUGCUCCCAAAACCCUUCCUGCCACCCUGACCUCCAGUCUUGUGAUUGUCUCAUCUUCCAGCACCCUGUCCCUGGCUACUGCCAGUUACUGCCACCUGGUGAGGAGGCCCCCAUCUUCUUCCUUCCUGCAGUCCCGGGGAACCUGAGCCUGAACUCCCCACUGCAGAUGCCUGGCAACACGCUCAAUCUCACUCUCCUCACAAGCCAGCAAGCCACUGAACUGAACUGGUUCUUGAAGCAACCAAGGAACUCCAGACCCAUCCUCCUGCAGCCAGGGAGACAGGUGUCUCUGACCUCCAGCCAGAGCCAGGCUGCGCUCAGCAUCAUUCACAUGUCCCACGACUGGGCAGGUGAGUACCUGAGCAUCUUUGAGGCCCAGGGAUUCAGGUGGAAGCUACACCAGUUGGUACAAGUGCCCUUGCAGGAGACAGAAGUGGCUCGAUUUCCAGACCAGCUGUCCAUCUCCUGCGCAAACUCCUCUGGCUUCCAGCUGAGCUGCUGCUUCCCCAUGACAAACCUGGCCUACAGAGCUGCCUGGAGCCCCAUGGAGGACAGCCAAGUCUCUUUAUACAACAUAUCAGACUCUCAGUGCCUUGUGUUGGCCGCUCAGCACUGCCCAGGAGCUGACACCACAUAUACUUGUGUCCUGCAGAGCCAGGACCUGGCUCCUGUCAAAACUCCCAUCACCAUCACUAUCAUCCAGGAUGGAGACACCACCUGCCCUGAGGAUUUCUCAGUUAGUGCCUGGAAUGUCACCAAGGCUGGCCACGUGGCCCAGGCCCCAUGCCCCAGGAACAAGAAGGGCAUGAUGAAGAGGCCCUGUGGUCCUAGUGGAGUCUGGGGGCCCGUCCAGAAUGACUGCACAGACAGAGGGAUCCUGACCUUGUCUACUGAGGCCAGGCUGCUUCGAGCAGGCCAGGGCAGGCCUGAUGAAGAGGUGCCGCGGAUCUUGAAACAGCUGCCGAGGCAGGUGGAGGCGGCAAGCUCACCCUCUGACUUACGGGAACUGUUGAGCGCUGUGAUGUUUCUAGCUGAAGUGGUGGUAGAGGCCAGAAUGCAGCUGGACCACAAUGCAAUGAAGGAUCUCCUGACCACUACUGACAAGGUCCUAGAUGUGAAGAUCAGCUCCCUGUGGACCCUAGCCAAGGCCCAGAAUCCCCCGAUGGUCUCGGGUUUCCUGUGGGCUGUGGAGGCCCUGGUACGCAGACUGUGUCCAUGGGAUCACCCCUUCUCCUUCAGCUCGUCCAAUGUGCUGCUGCACAGCCAGCUCUUCAGACCCACAUUUCCUGGUGACUACCAAAUAUCCUUCUCCACUCCGCCUCUCCUGCAGGCACAGAUUCCCAGGCACUCGCUGGCUUCACUGAUGCAUAACAAAACCAACAUCAGUAUAACUAGCUUGGUGCUUCAAAAACUGGCCCACCUUUUGCCCCCAAACUAUGGACAAGGGCUGAGGGGCUCCCCGUAUGCCGUUCCUGGCAUGGUCCUCAUCAUGUCCAUCACAUCAGGUGGCCAGGCCCUCACCAAUGCAGAGAUCAUCAUGGACUUUGGGGACACAAAUGGCACCCUGCACUGUGUCUUCUGGGACCACAAUCUCUUCCAGGGUGAGGGAGGCUGGUCAGAUGAAGGGUGCCAGGCACAAGCAACCAAUACCACCCCCACCACUCAGUGCAUCUGCCAGCAUCUCACUGCCUUCUCCAUCCUUAUGUCCCGACAUGUUAUUCCAAAAGAUCCUGUCCUGAAGCUGCUCAGUGGGUUGGGCCUGGGAGCUUCCAUACUGGCGCUGCUCAUGUGCCUGGCUGUGUACAGGCUGGUGUGGAGAGUGGUGGUACGGAACAGGGUUGCUUUCUUGCGCCACACUGCCCUGUUUAACAUGGUGAUCUGCCUGCUGAUUGCAGAUACCAGCUUCAUGGGAGCCCUUUUCCUUCCUCUUCAGCACAGAAGCCCACUUUGCUUUGCCAUUACCUUCCUGUGGCAUUAUUUCUACCUGGCCACCUUUUUCUGGAUGUUGGCGCAGGCCCUGGUGUUGGCUCACCAGUUGCUUUUUGUCUUCCAUCAUCUGUCCAGGCAUGUAGUUCUCUCCCUGAUGGUGACCAUUGGCUACUUGUGCCCACUGGGGCUUGUAGGUGUCUCCCUGGGGGUCUACCUGCCCCAAGGGCUAUACCUGCGGGAAGAUAAAUGCUUCAUUAAUGGAAAUGAAGCGGCGCUGUACACCUUUAUGGGGCCAGUGUUGACCAUCGUGUGUGUGAAUGGGAUCGUCCUAGCCAUAGUCGUGCUGAAGCUGCUGAGACCUUCACUGUCAGAGGGGCCCCCAGCGGAGGAGAAGCGGCAAGCUUUUCUGGGCGUGCUCAAAGCUCUGCUCCUUCUCACACCCAUCUUUGGCCUUACUUGGGGACUGGGUGUGGCCACUCUUAUAGAGGAAGUCUCUAUGGUCCCUCAUUAUGUCUUCACCAUUCUCAACACCCUCCAGGGUGUCUUCAUCUUCGUGUUUGGAUGCCUUGCAGACAAGAAGGUACAAGAGGCCUUGCGCAAACACUUCUGUCACACCCAAUCUCCCAACUCCACCAUCUCCCUGGUGAGUGCUGGCUGCAAAGCCUCAGCUUUCCCUGAAAGCACAGCUAGGAGCAGAGAGAAGAUUACGGGUUUUUAGAACGAGCAGGUUUCAG